AUGGCUCCUCCAAAGAAGAGUGAAGAUGCAUUUGCUGGAUUAUUCCAGUCAGCAACAAAGGGGAGUGGAACCGCAACUAAUGACAAUUUUAUGAGCUCACAAAUGAAAUCUAUGUCACUUAGCGAAAGGCAAAGAAUGCAGCAACAACAACUGAUGAACAACUCCACUAGUUCAGUACAUUCAAGUUAUUCUAACUUAGCAUCCUUAUCAGCAUAUUCAAGUAGAACGAAUACUCCUACUCCAUUACAACAACCUCAACAACCUCAAAAAUCAAUGUCAUUACAGACACCAAUCAUCCCUACGUCCAAUAAUUCUUCCAUGCAUUCCCUCGCCACGCCGCAAAAAGCAGCUAAUGGAGGUGAUGAUCCGUUUGCGAUCUUUUAUAACAACCAAACCUCAAGUGCACCGUCCCUUAAACCUCAAACAACUGCCCCUCAUGUCAAUGGAAAUUCCACUACCAAAACAAAUGGGGAGAUCUCCUUACUUGAUGACGAAUUCACUGAUGCUUUUUUUCAAUCACCACCGGCACCUUCAAUUGCAAAACGCCCUGCAUCCACCAAUCCUUCCCAAUCAAAACCAUUGAAUUCUAGUACUGCCCUGACUCCACGUCCUUCUCCUCCAAUUGAAAGACCAGCAUCCACAAGUUCUACUGUCAGAAGGGCGAAGAACGAAGCCACAUCUAAUCGUGAUGGCAUUAUUGCCGAAUUAAUAGAUAUUGGGUUCCCCAUCGAAUUAGCUAAUGAGGCUAUUGAUAAUGUAGGAUUGGACUUGCAACAAUGUGUAAAUUAUAUCAUGGCCAAAAGUUCCGGGAGAUCGACCCCAGCACCAAAUCGAUCACAGAGUAACUCACCAAAGGAAUUUGACGAUAACAUAGUGUUAGGAAAUAGACCUGAAGGUAUUAAAUUCAAUGACAUUUCAAAUGAUUUAUUCAAACGUGCUAAUAAAUUAAUCAAUAUCUCCAAACGAACAGUCUUGAAGAAUUUUGAAACAUUGCAUGGAGUAGCUGGUUCAAGUAGUAAUACUGAUAGGAAUGUUCCUCAAUGGAUGAAAAAUCAAGAGAAAUAUAAAUCCGAAGCAAUUGAAAAGAAAUAUGGAGGUGAAGAUUAUGGAACAGAUGAAGAAAACAUAAAUCAAGAAGAAAUUGAACGAUUUAUGAGACUUCAGAAAGAAAAAUCAAAAGAACGUUCCCGGACAAGAUUUGAAAAUGGUGACUCUUCCCGUGAGACAACCCCACCUACCCAUCCUCCAAGACCUCAACAGCCGGUCAUCCCAACUCCUCGAACCGGGGUUCGACCACAGCAUGAGAAAUCAGACCCUGCCUUGCGCACUCGUAAACCAAGGGUAGACACUCCGCCAGCGGACCAAGUAUCCGGGAAACAACCAAUAUCCAGUCGUGAAAGUUCCCAAGAAUCAUCGACAUUAUCAAAACCCACAGUCAGCAUCCAACUUUCAUCACCAACACCAGAAAUUGAUCUUUUGGGUCUUUCUGACACUACGACUUCCACUGUUCAAACAAAGCAACAGUCAAAAUUACGUGAUUCAUCUCGUUUGAACCAAUUUGAUGAAACUGAUUAUAAUAUUGCCAAAGAAAAAGCCACCGAAGCAUAUAAGAUACAAUUUAGAGUCAUUAUCCUAUCUAAUCUAGCCCUGGUUUAUAAACUUCUGGGUCAUCUUAAAGAGAGUUUGGAAUCUAUAGAAGAAGGAUUAAAUUUGAUUGAAGAAUCCGAGAUUUCAAACCCGGGGUUUAUGAUUGCCGAAAAAUCGGUGAAAUAUUGGUAUACCAAAUUAAUCAUGACCAAGGCCGAAGUGUUGGAAUUAUUGGAAAGAUUUGAAGCAUCUUUAGAUAAUUAUCAAAUCUUGAUUAAAAAAUUAGGUUGUAAUGAUAAAAAAAUCAUGGAUGGGAAGAGAAGAGUUGAUAAGAUUGUGAAUCCCACCAGUCAUAAACCUACCAAACCAACGCCCAAACCUUCUUCUUCUUCCACCCCAACCCCACGAGCAUCAACACCAAUCCCCAAACAACCCGCUGAAGAAGAGGUGGACAUUCUAGUCAAAGACAAAAUCGACAAUCAUGUCCAACAAUGGGCCCAAAUCAAGCAGAACAACCUUCGAGCAAUGUUAACCAACCUCGAUGAAAUAAUCCCGCCCAAAAUCAACAUGAAGGAAUCAUUACGUAAAUUAACCUUAAAUGACUUAAUGUUACCAAAACAAGUUAAGAUUCAAUAUAUGAGGGUUAUAAGUUCUAUCCAUCCUGAUAAAUUGGCUUCUCAAUGUAAGGGGGAUAAAGAAACUGAGUUGAUAUGUAAUGGGGUUUUAUAA